GCCCCCUCCGCCGGGCCGGGCCGGGCCGGGCCGGGCCGCUGGGCCAUAAAGGGGCCGCGGCGGCGGGACCCACUCCUGGCUCGGCGCCGCUUCCGCUCCCGCCUCCCCCUCGCCAUGGCCCCCACCCGGCGCAGGCUCUCGGUGGGACUGGGGCUGGCCGGGGCGGCCUGCGCCCUCGUGGGGGGCUGCCUGCUGAUCGUGGGGCCUCUCAUCAUCAGGGAGCAGGUCAUCAAGAACGUCAGGAUCGACCCCAGCAGCAUCUCUUUCAACAUGUGGAAAGUCGUUCCUGUUCCUUUCUACUUGUCUGUGCACUUCUUCGAAGUGCUGAACCCCAAGCAAGUCCUCCAGGGAGCGAAGCCGGUGCUGACCCAGCGUGGGCCCUACGUGUACAGGGAGUACAGGUAUAAAACAAACAUCACGUUCCAUGACAAUGACACUGUUUCCUUCCUGGAGUACCGUAACCUUUUCUUCCAGCCAGACAUGUCCAAUGGCACUGAAGAAGACUAUGUCGUCGUGCCAAACAUUUUGAUGAUGGGAGCAGCUGUAAUGAUGGAAAAACUGCCAAAUUUUGUGAAGCUUUUACUGAGUGGAGCCCUGGCUGGCAUGAAACAGGAGGCGUUCAUGAACCGCACAGUGGGGGAGAUCAUGUGGGGGUAUGAAGACCCUCUUAUAGACACAAUAAAUACACUUGUUCCUGGUCUGAUUCCUUUCCAGGGGAAGUUUGGCUUGUUUAUAGAGUUUAACAACUCCAAUUCAGGAUUGUUCACAGUGAACACGGGCAUGAAGAACAUCAGUCAAGUUCACAUGGUGGAAUCAUGGAAUGGGCUAAAGCAGGUGAACUACUGGCGGAGCAGCGAGUGCAACAUGAUCAAUGGGACGUCGGGGGAGAUGUGGCCACCGUUCAUGCCCCCGACCUCGCUGGAGUUCUACAGCCCUGAUGCCUGCAGAUCCAUGACACUGGUGUACGAGCAGUCCGGGAAGUUCAAGGGUGUUCCCACCUAUCGCUUCGUGGCGCCGAAAACCCUCUUUGCCAACGGCACAGACUAUCCACCCAACGAGGGCUUCUGCCCCUGCAUGCAGUCUGGCAUCCAGAACGUCAGCACCUGUAGGCUCAAUGCACCAAUGUUCAUUUCCCACCCUCACUUCUACAACGCCGACCCCUCCCUGGUGAACGCCGUCGUGGGCCUGAACCCCAGCAAGGACCAGCAUGCACUUUUCCUGGAUGUGCACCCCAUGACGGGCAUCCCCAUGAAUUGCUCUAUCAAGCUCCAGCUGAACCUGUACAUAAAGCAGGUGUCUGGUAUAAUGCAAACAGGGAGGAUUAAGCCAGUGGUCCUGCCGCUGCUGUGGUUUGCAGAGAGUGGAUCCAUCGACGGCUCAGUCCUAAACCAGUUUUACACCAACCUGGUGCUGUUCCCGUCGCUGCUGGAAUACCUGCAGUAUAUCUUCCUUGGACUGAGUGUCCCACUCAUUAUCUCAGCAGCUGUGCUCAUGGUAACGAAUAAGGAAAAAUGCUUUCUAUUUUGGAGUAGCAAUAAAAAGAACUCAGACAGUAAUAAGGCCAACCAGGCCACCUCUGCCAUAAAGCCGCCUCCGGUUAAGGGGAUGGUGUUGCGGGAAGCCAGACUGUAGGGAACCGCCGCCCAGAAGAGCCCACGUCCCCCCGCCAGGCAGAGCAAACCACCCCCCUCCUCCGAGACCACGCCGCUCCUACACGACGCUGACACGCUGAGCCAGGAUGACGCCGAAUCCUGAGCCACCAGCCCCGCCACGCUUCCCACCGGGACACACCCGUGCUGGAGGCGAGGCCUGCUUUGGAUCCCCAGAGGUCUCUGGAAGCUGAAGUUGUCCUGGACAGCUCAGUGGAGACCCUGCACAACCACAGCAAAGCCACGGGACAGUAUUGCUGCACAGCACUCCCACGCCAGGAACGGGAGACCUCAUCCAGACUCUCAACACAAUGUCCAAGAACCCUUGACCCCAAGGGCCAGCCUUUGCCACAGCCCCUCUCUCUGGUGGGCCAGCAGGAAUGAAGGUGGUUGCUGACUGAUCUGAGAAGUUAUUUGCAAUUUAGAACUGCCUAUUGCUAGGGAUAAAAGGCACUUUAAUGGGAGCCUUUAAAACAAAUGAGGUUUGUGUAGGUAGCAGGGAUGGGAUUUAGUGAUCUUUUUAAAAGCUACCAUUACUCUCACUGAAUGGGGCAGUUGUGCUGGAGCCAGUAAUGGUUUUAUUGCCACUUGAUGUAACUGGACUACACUGCAAAUCAAUUCUAGGUGCUGUCACCUCAGUGAUGUCUCUUCCGAGGGUACCUGGGGUACCUGGGCCCAGGGUUGCUCCAGGCUUUGCAUGUUUUGGAGAGUACAGUGGUGACUUUUAAAGCCCCAGUUCUGUGCCAUGACCUUGCACUCCAGUCAUUCCAGCUCACAGCCCUGUUACUUUGCUUCUCCUUGCUGUCAGUGACUGUGUGAGAUGAGCCUUGGCAAAAACUCUGUGGUACAUCUGAGCUGUCACUCAGCUCUUGGCAGUUGUCCCUGCUGCCUGCUCAGCCAUCCAGGGUCAGCUUUUCUGGCUGUGGCUGUCGGUGCUGGGAAGCUGUUGGUUGCUCCAGCCACUCUGCCUGACCAUGGGAAGGGGGAAGCUUAACCCUGUCCUUGAGUGUUAAUGAAGAUAUCUGUGCUUUUGAGAGCAAGGAAUAUGUGCUAUCAUGAAAGUAACAAUGGCCUUAGUACAGUUUGAUUAAACUAUUGCAGAUUUCUGAAACGGUGUCUUGGGGGACCUGGGCCUGGAUAUUACCUAGGGGUGGGUGGGCUGGGAUCACACUUCAGUGGAAAAGAAGCCCAAAGCACAGGGAUAUUUUUGUCUAACUACCAGUCAGUAGUUGUCUACCACACUUGCCUUCUUCACUUCCAACCAGGAGCUGGGGUAGCCCUUAGGAAAACUAAAGGGGCCAGUGUUGAAGCAUCUGGCAAGGACAAAACAGAGCUGGGUCUUCCUUGGACCAGAGGAAUUGUUGCACUAUCUGUGGCAUGAAUACUGUUGGGGUCUGGAAAGUGUUGUCCAGGACAACCCUGUGACCUUCUUGUGGGGUAAGCAAUACUUUUCCCUUUAGACCUCUGUCCAUCUUACUGGGCAGGAAGAGCACAGGAGCUAAAACCAACAUCACAAUUCCUGUGCCAGUGCAUUCCUUACUGGCCAUGUUCCCAGUCCUGCAGUGGGUUUGGGCUGCCUUACUGUGGAAACAGCUGUGAUACAGCCUGGGUCAUGACAGGGAAGGGUGGCAGCUCCCCAGAACUUGGUCCAUGGGCUGAACUCACCUUGAUGCCUGAAGUGUGUCUCACAGGUACAACAGGACUAGCCAAGUCCCUUCUUGUGGCCACUACUGUUGGGUUAUCUCUAUGGCAAGAGUCCUCACUGAGGGUGAUGCUUAAAGUACAGCUGUAGACUCUCUCUGGCCUUAAAUCCAAACGUACUCAGCUGCAAACAGCAGCUCACACCUACAGCCUUGGCCAACGGCGACAGAGACAGGAGUGGGGCAGAGGCUCUCUGGGACACCAGCCCAUCAGCUCAGACCUAUGAGACCCAAAGCUGAGGGCAGAGCAGCGAUAACCACCCCGUGGGCUCCCUGCGAGAGGCUUUAAUGACAUACCGGUGCUAAUUGCUGUUGGACAAGUGAACACAAAUAAAAACACGGGAAUACCGCUCCUA